CCCCGCACCGAACCGCACCACUCAACGGCACAUCGUAGCGCACAGGACGUGCUGGAUGUUACUACGGUACGUGUGUGCGCCGGUCGGCUCGCUGCGCUUUCUGGAGGAGGCGUCUCAUCCCGUCUCAUCCCGUCCCGCCGCGUUGUCCAGGUCGACCGACCGCGCUGCGUAGGUAGGCCUGCGAAUCACCGGGCGGACGGAUCUCCCGUCGUUGGGGAUCGAUGUUGACUUCGCUCGCGUCGUCGUCGAGACGGCGAGUUCAGCCGAGGGAUUGGACCCGUUGACGCCUCCGACCUCGGUGAGUUCGGUCGGACACGCGAGAAACGCGGAACGACCCUGAUCCCGAUCGAGCGCUGGCACGAGAGAGUGCGUGCUCUCCCUGUCGCGUUCGUUCUCGGAGGACGACCGUUUGGAGCACGGAGGAAACCGUACAGCUCGAAGGUCCCCUCCAUAGGCUGUUCUCGCGCGUCCUCGCAGCAAUUUUUGAAUUUCUGGAUCGAUGUUCAGGGUGCUCGAUAUCAGAAAUUCUCAACCCUUCGCGUGAGACCCUUCUCAAAUCUUCACGCGACGAAUUCUCAGAGUGAUCGCCUCGAAUCCGAGAAGGGAGAUUGAAAGUUUUCGCCGGUAUCAAUCCCCCUGAAACUCGAAGAUUUUUCUGUCUUGGCUUUAGUAUUGGCACGAUUGUUUCUGGUGCACAGGAAGAAAGAGAGAGUGCGAUGAAGGGCCGUCGUCGUCGCCGUCGCGAGGAAUGAUUUGUCGCUAAAGAAGUCACGACGGUGUGGUGCCCGCCGAUGUCGUCAACGGUGGCCGCCCCGAGCCUCGUCGUCGAGGCCAGCAACAGGAAUUCCCGAGAAUACGUCAGGGUGCCGACACCUCACUGAUCGCGCGCGAGAAUAAUGAGAAUCAACGCGACGAAGAUGAGCACUCCGAUCGAGGAGAAGAUUGACCAGAAGCUGAAGGUGCGGACGGGGAUGGUGACGGUUAGCGAUGGGAAAAGCAAACCCGUGCCGAUGCGUUUGCACUUGUCUAUGGAGGUAUUGAAGCUUCAACGGGAGGAUCUCGAGCAGGCAGCGAAUCACAAUAAGCCACCUUUGGAUGCUAAAGAGCGCAUGGUGCAAAUCACCAGGCAAAAGGUCGGUGGCUUGGGGCUGAGCAUAAAGGGUGGAGCGGAACAUAAGCUUCCAGUACUCAUAUCGAGAAUUUAUAAGGGUCAGGCCGCCGAUCAGUGCGGUCAGCUUUUUGUGGGAGAUGCGAUUAUUAAAGUAAAUGGAGAAUAUAUCACGGCGUGCAACCACGAUGACGCUGUCAAUAUUUUGAGGAAUGCCGGUGAUAUAGUAGUUCUAACAGUCAAGCAUUAUCGAGCAGCCAAGCCAUUUCUGCAGAAGAACGAGAAAGAAGAGAAGCUGGAUAACGUUGCCAAUGGUACGGCGGAAGACGGAUGGAUAUCGCCUAACAGACAAGGUAGCCCCAGAUGCAGCCAUAGCCGACAAAGUUCCAAUGCAUCUUCUAGUUCGAUGCAGUAUAAAAGAUGGGUGGAUGUAAUAACAGUUCCAUUAAUGAUGGCGUAUGUAACAAGGUAUAUAUUUGGCACCGACAAACUGAGAAGAAACGCAUUCGAAGUGAGGGGACUUAAUGGGGCGCGUACAGGAGUGAUACACUGCGACGAUAGUGCUAUUCUCAGUCAAUGGUUGAAAUAUAUAACUGAUAACAUCACAGGAUUGACGCAUUUGCAGAUGAAGUUGUAUAAUCGCAAUUUCGGAGUCGGCGAACGCAUAGAAUAUAUGGGCUGGGUGAACGAGGCAGUAAGCAACAGCAAUCAACCGUGGCAGAGUUAUAGACCGAGAUUCUUGGCUUUAAAAGGACCGGAUCUAUUAUUGUUCGAGACACCCCCGGUAAAUUGCAAUAUAGGCGACUGGUCACGUUGCGCGCUAACUUUCAAAGUGUACCAGACGAUGUUCCGCGUGAUGCGCGAAUCAGAGAACGUGGAUGAACGGCAGCAUUGCUUCCUGGCGCAGAGUCCAGGAAAACCACCGCGUUAUUUGAGCGUCGAGACCAGACAAGAACUCCUGCGGGUCGAAGCGGCAUGGCAUACCGCGAUAUGUUCGGCUGUUACGCAUUUAAAGAGUAAAACCUUUCCGGUAACUUUCAAUAGUAGAAGCGCGGGUCUAACGUUAGAAUGGACUCAAGGAUUUACGUUAUCUUACGAAGGAAUCGGUGAGAUCGCAUGGCGUUACAAGUUCUCUCAAUUAAGAGGAUCUAGCGACGACGGUAAAAGCAGGCUUAAAUUGCACUUCCAAGAACCGGACAGCAUCGCUAUCGAAACGAAGGAAUUGGAGUGUUCCCAGUUGCAAAACUUGUUAUUCUGUAUGCAUGCAUUUCUUACCGCGAAGGUAGCCGCGGUAGACCCUACGUUUUUAACGUCGACCACUCCGUAAAGAGAUGUAAUAUAAAUAUAAUAACGUUAUUGCGUGCCGAUAAGUCACCAAGUGGAUCACUUUUGUGUUCUGUUAUCGUUAUAUGAAUUAGACCGAGCGUGUGCGCUGAAAAGUUGCUGCGAGAAGCAAGAAAAGUAGAA